AUGAAACUUGAAGAAAAAAUUAAUAACUGGGAUACUGAAAAUAUAAAAACUGCUGAUUCAAUUUGGGAAUCUUGGAAAAAUAUUUUGAUUGAAGCAGCAAAAGAAGGAAUAGGAACUAGAGUUAUAAAUUACAAACAAAAACCAUGGUCAUGGUUUGACAAGGAAGUAGAUGUUGCUAUCGAAGAAAGGAAAGCAGCAUGUCGUCUCCAUCGAAAUGAUACCUUUUCGGAAGUCCAAGGAGGUUUUCGUAGAACAUAUAGAUGUGAUGAUCAUAUUUUUACUCUCAAAAACGUGGCAGCUUGCCGGCUAAAUGAAAACAAACACACUUAUAUGGCCUUCUUGGACUUUCGAGAAGCUUUUGACAGCGUUUGGCGUAAUGGCUUACUUAAAGCUGUUUGGUUAUCGGGUAUUAGGGGAAAGAUUUGGAGAAUGGGUGAUAAACUUUAUUCAGAGGUUAAUGGUAUAGUUAGACUCGGAGAUACAGACACAGAACUCUUUGAGAUUGAACAAUGA